CUGUGGGAAGCCCAAAGUUUCUUCCUUUUAUAUAUAUAUAUCUGAUCGGAUCUGAUGUACCGGUAUUUGGAUUGCUUAGAGUUAUGGGGUCUCCUGUAUUGGUCUACUUAAAGGCCUGCGCUCAAGCUUUUCGAGAUGGAAACCUGAAACUUGCCGAUCAGCUCCUGGACAGGAUCUGGAAUCCUGCAACCAACGAACUGGAAUCCCUCAAAGCAGAAAGCGUCGCUAAGAAAAGGAGACGCUGUGCGGAAGUUUUAGUCCGCCGAGCUUACCGGUUGUAUCCUAAUAUUCCCUUCGUAUAUUUUCCACGCCCGCAUCGUUCAAUCUGCGAAAAGGCCAUCCUUAGUGCUAUGAUGGGAAAGAAGCGAGUCCACAUCAUUGACUUCCUUCAGCCAAAUCCAGAUGACUGGGAAGACAUAAUUGAAGACUCAUCUCGUGGAUCUGGCCGCCCAUCAUCAAUCCGUUUAAGUGUUGUAGCACUACCGUUCCUGAAAAAUCUAUAUGCAACAGCCGAGGAAACAAUGCUGGUCAACGUUGACUGGGAGUUUAAACUGGUUAUCGGCAAUGGUUUGGGUGAUGUGGAAGCAUCUGAACUGGAAUUCAGACGAACAGAGGAUGAGAUUGUGAUCGUCAGGUAUGUAUAUAAGUUAAACAGAUUGUUGGCACAGCCAGAAGCAAUGGAGAGAGAAUUGUUAAAGUUGAGGCAGAUAAAGCCAGAAUUUGUGAUAACAGUAGAGCAGGAUGCCAAUCAUAAUGACUUCAAUUUCGUCGAUUCCUUAGAAUCAAUACUCGAAGAAUCUGAAAGUGUUUUAAACAUUUACUAUUAUACGUGGCUAGCGAUGUGUGCGGUUGAGUGUGAUGGCAUGAACGGGAUUGAGCGAAGUGAGACGACUAUGGCUCAGUGGCGAUCCCUCCUGCACGCGGCUGGUUUUCUUCCAUUUCCACUCAAUCAGUCAUCGACAACUGGCGUCUUUGUUCAAGAGGAAAAUGGGUGUUUGGUGGUCAGCGUAGAGGAAUGGCCACCGGUGAUCAUAUCGGCCUGGAAAUUCACAGAUUCCGUUCACCACUCAAUCUCUAUUCAAGGUUCCCAUCAAAAUUCUCUAUACAACAAUGUACUUCAAACUUUUGAAGUUUUAACUGAGUGUUUUACAUUGAACCGGGUUGCUGCUGUUGCUGAGAUGUAUGACCUAGUGCAAUAUGUAUGUUUGAAAUAUGAGCUGCCAUUGGGUUUAACAUGGACUUGUUGGGCUAAUGUAAAGCAACUCCCAACAGAAGUUAUGCUCGAUCCAUACACGAAAGGUACUCUAUUUAUCCAAAAGCCUGCUUGUUAUGAUAAUGAUGAGGCUUCUCAUGAGUUAAUGAAUACAUGUGAACGACAUCAGUUUGUCGUAGAAGGGCAAGCUAUUGCUGGAAAACUGCUUCAAUCAAAUGAGAGCCUUUUCGUUCAAGAUAUUACAGAGCUUGAUGAACGUGACUAUCCAUUUGCUAAUGCUGCAAGAAAAUUUGGUCCUCGAGCUGCUCUUGCAAUCAGCUUUUGUAACCCUUAUGUUGGUGACGAUGUUUAUGUGCUAGAAUUCUAUUUCCCUUCCUCUAAGAAGAAUUUAGAGGAACCGGAAUUGUUGAAAGAUCGCAUCUUACAUGACUUGGAAAAUAUCCAAAAGAAAUUUGUAAGACCAAGAGUAGUUCAUGGUACUGCACCAGUUGGUGUCCGGGGAGAAGCCAUUUCAAACAGUACUCAGGAAGUGAAAUUGGCUUUGAGAAACUCUCUUCCAGUUCCAGCCUCAACUACUGGUCAUAAUUUGUUUAAUUCAAAUGAAACAAGAUCACUGAAUACAACUGGCGCGAUGGACCGUCAUCACGUAGGAACAGAUAAUAUUCAAGAUGAGCAGGGAGCCCAAAUAGAGAAUCGCAGGGCUAUUAACUCCGAGAUGGUGAAAGCAAACGGGGCUAUUUCGCCAGUCCCACGAACCAAACGAAGAAAACUGGUGUCUGUGGUUUGGGAGCACUUCACUAGGUUUAGAAAAAAUGGAUUAGAGUGGGCCAAAUGUAAUUAUUGUGAUAAGGACCUUACAGGGUCAAGCAGGAGUGGAACCACGCACCUGAAAAAUCAUUUGGAAAGAUGUUCAAGUAAGAAAGUCAAAUUUCCUGCUCAAAGUGGAGGUGCCAGUGAAGGAAACUCAAGUUUUGAUCAGGAAAGGACUCGCCUUGAAUUUGCGAAAACAAUUAUCAAGAAUCAAUGUCUAUUGGAUGCGGUUGAAGAUGAAUCUUACAAAAAAAUUUUGAGCACUUUACAGCCAACGUUCCAACUUCAAUCACGAAGAAUUAUUCUAUCCGACAUAAAUCGCCUCUACAAGGAAGAGAAAGAGAAACUUCGCCAAUAUUUUGGUCAGCUUGACUCUAACUUCAGUUUAACAAUUGAAUUUUGGGCAGACGAUGUUAGGUUGAAUGACUAUUGUUGUUUGGUAGCAUACUUUAUUGAUGGCGAUUGGAAAUUGAAAAAGAAGAUUAUUGCCUUCAAGAUUCUCGAGGGUUUCUGUACUGUUAGUGAAAUCAUUCGAAGGUCACUUUCAGAAUGGAAUAUUAGCAAGAAAAUAUGCUCCAUAACUGUCAAUAGCUCAGUUUUAAAGGAUGGUGUAGUUGAACAAAUAAAAGAAUAUUGUCUUAGUGGCCAAGCUUUCCUUCCCUCCGGCGGUUGUUACAUCCGUUGCACUCUCAUUGAGGACUGCUUACUUGAGAUAGAUGAUUUGCUUCUAAAGAUAAUGAAAUUGAAGGGAUAUAUCUUUGGAAUACCAUGGAGGAGAUUGAACUUUUCAUGCUUUGACCUGCUUGAUUGGGUUUUACGAUCAAGAGAACGACUAGAGCAAAAUAAUGACAAUUUCGAAUAAUGUUGUCGAAUGAAGAAUGGGAUAGGGCACUGGUGAUGCACACUUGUUUGAAGGAAAGUUUAAGUUGUUUCGGGGGAACUGAUCAAUCUCCUACUGCAAAUGUGCACCUUCCUAAGCUCUGUGGUCUAUACAGGAAACUUCUCCAGUUGGAAAAAACCAAUUAUAACUGUAUGAAGUUGAUGAAGAUGAAAUUUGAUAACUAGUGGAGCAUCCAUCAUUUGAUUUUUGCUAUUGCAGUUAUUCUUGACCCACGGUUAAAAUUUAAAUUU